UUCAUCGUAUGAUACAAUUGCCUUUCUUUUUAUUGAAUUUCUGCAAAUAUGGUGAUGGAUUGAAGAAAGAAAAAGAGAUUUUUUUUUUAUUAAUUAUUGAAGAAAUUGAUUCAAAGCAGGUGGAGCAUAUAUGGGGGAUGGGAGGGCGGGCAAUUCGAGCAGUAAGCCGGAGUAGCUCGAGCAAUACGAUGUGAUUGGGAAAAUCGGAGAGGGAACAUACGGUUUGGUUUUCUUGGCGAAGAUUAAGGCGAACUGCUCCAAAUCCAUUGCGAUUAAGAAAUUCAAGCAGUCCAAAGAUGGCGACGGCGUUUCCCCCCACCGCGAUUCGUGAAAUUAUGGUUAAUUGCAAAACCCCCCUUUUUUAAUUUUAAUUUUUUUUGGGUGUUUCUGCGUUUUACAUGAUUUUCUCCAGCAAUGUAUGUAUUAUUGUAUACGACACGUGUUUCUGGUUGUGCUAUGUUUAUGGGGAUUCUCUGUUGAUUAGAUUGGCUAAGAAGAAAAAGAAAAUGUUAUUUUUCUUGUGGUUGGGUCUGGAGUGUGUGUGUGUGUGUGUGUGUGUGUGUGUGUGUGUGUGUGUGUGUGUGUGAAGUGUGGUAGAUUGAUGAUUCAUGUUAUUACCAUGUUUUUGUAUUUCUUUCCUUUAACUCUUUCCUUAGAAUUUUCAUUUUCGUAUAUAGGUGAGAAUAGGAAGGAAAAGUCUCUUGGGUUUCUUACACAUAAUUUUGUUAAGCUGUUUCUCUGCACCGAUAUGGAUUUGAUUUCUCUCGAAGAUGCAGCAAAGCUUUUGCUCGGUGACGGAAAGCACACUUCAAUGACUACUAGAAUUUCAUUCAACUCUCCAGCAAAAGUCAGAAGACUGUACGAUAUUGCCAAUGUGUUAUCUUCCAUGAAAUUCAUCGAGAAGAUUCAUCACCCUGAGACAAGAAAACCUGCUUUUAGAUGGUUAGGGCUGAAUGGAAAACCCGAUAAUGGAAUUGUAGACUCGAAGAAGAGGAUUUUUGGGACUGAUUUAACUAAUACAGCAAAGAGGUUUAAGGUUGAUGAAGAUGGGCUUCAAAUCUUGAAGCCAGUUAACCUAAUGCGAGUAAAAAACGAGACCGAAAACGAGAAUGAUAGAACAACUACAAUGGGUGCAAAGAGUUACCUGUUUGGCCCUUUUGCACCUGCAAAUGUACCCCAAGUUGGAGUGUCGAACGAUUAUAAGGGAAAGCAGGUUGUUGAUUGGGAAAGCUUGGCUUCUACUUACCGGCCUAAGUAUCACAACCAAGGUAUUUUCUUGAAAUUGUUGAUUUCAUCAUAUCAAAAUAUUUUUUCUUAGUUAAAUAAAUUCCAAUCAUUUCUUUCAUUCGAAGUGUCGUGUUCGUGUUUGUGCUGUGUUUAUCAAAUAAUAGACAACAAGAUGCAAGUGAUACAAAUAGUAUAUACAUUCAUUUUCUUUAUUUCAAGUUCCAUACUGUCUAGGCACGCCAUUUUUUCCAAGAAACAACUAUGUUCGUUUAUCUAAUAAUUCGUCAUCGCUAAAUUCGUGUCUGGACAACAGUUGAAUAGUUGCUUAUUUCUCAUGAAUAUUUGUUUUAAAUAAUGUUGUUGCAUACAUGGAUAGUUUUUUUGGGGAUGUUCAUUUAUUAGUUGCUAUGCUGUCGAAAUUUUUGCUAAACAAGUGUACUUAAUCAUUUUCAGGCUGAUUUGGAACGAGUGUACGAUGAGACAAUUCGUGAUGGAAGUGACGAAAGCACGGCCAACUCAAUUGCGAUAGAAAAAGUGCUCGGAAAAAGCAAAGGGCUUGGAAUUAAGAUUGCAACCACCACAAAGAAUCGGUUUUAAUAUUUUCGAUAUAAGUGUUUUUUUUUGAUAUAAGUGUAUUUUUUUUUAUAUAAGUGUAUUUUUUUUUAUAUAAGUUUAUUUAAUCCGUAUAAUUGGUUUUAAUAUUUUCGAUAUAAGUGUAUUUUUUUUUUGUACAACUGCUGAAUACAGGUUGAAUUUGUUAAUUGAAAAAAUAAAUAAACCAGAAAUUAUAUUAAAAAAAAAAAA